GUCCUUAUAUAAUGGUGGUGCUUGUUUCGGGAAUAAUAUGUUUUAGAUGCUGCUGAAUCGGUCAGUGGCAAAACUGCUGUGCUGUUCUCUCCGAUUAUCCCGAAAUAAUGCAUAUCUGAGGAGGCUGGGUGCCGCUCAACUCUCUACAUCGUCAGUUUUGGCAGCUGAGAAGAAAGCCGAUGAUGAGUUGGAGAAGGAGUUGAACAAGCUGAAUGAAAUCUUAAAAAAAGACUUUGCUUCAACGGUGAAGAAAGGCGAGGAGGAAAUGGACAAAACUUUCAUGAAUUUCAAAGCAAAGCGAGAGUUUUCAGCAGCAGCCUAUAAGCGCAGCAUGAUAUUCAACUGGAGAAUUGCAGCGGCCACUCUCGGUGUCGGUGCCACAUGUUUGCUAGCAUUGUUCUAUAUCAGAAAAAUUAGAUUAGAAGAGCGAGAAAAACACAUGAAAUACAUCGCCGGUAAGGCUCGUAUCGGAGGCGAUUGGGAGCUUGUUAAUACGGAAGGAAAGUUGGAGGGAUCAGAACAGCUGAAAGGGAAUUGGCUUCUACUUUACUUUGGAUUUACUCACUGUCCUGAUAUUUGUCCCGACGAAAUAGAUAAAAUGAUUGAGGUUGUCAAUAUUUUGGAUUCCAAGCCUGAAAAGGAACGCAUACCUAUUAAACCCAUAUUCAUUUCCGUGGAUCCAGAACGUGACACACCAGCUAGAGUGAAAGAGUACUGUGCAGAGUUUUCGUCAAAGCUGCAAGGCUAUACCGGGACUGUCGAGCAGGUAAAUAAAGUUGCAAAAACAUUCCGAGUCUACCACAGCCAAGGUCCUCGAACCGGAAAGAACAAAGACGAUUACAUUGUUGAUCACACUGUGAUCACCUACCUCAUUGACCCUGAGGGCAAUUUCCACGAUUAUUACGGUCAGAACAAAAGUGCAAACGAAAUCGCAAACAUUAUCCAAAUGAAAGUGCUGAAGUAUCGCGCUAAGCAUCGUAUGGCUAGUCAACCUCCAACAAAAUCCGAGUUUGUGGUUCGCGUGCCGAGGAAGAGUGACCACAAGCGUUUCUCGGUGCUCAAGUUUAAUGGGAUGGACCACGUUGAUACGUCGAAGUGGACUGUAGAGAGCAUGGUUCACAUGGAACGCGAAGAUAAUAAGAGUGUCACACUAAGCAGAGAAAGUGUGCAGGAGUACGGCGAGGGCUCAGAAUAUGGUAAAGCAGCUCGAGAAGAAGCGCGCCGAAAGAAGUAUGGACGUCAAGCCAAAUCAUACAAACUAGACAACCAGCCGUGGCAUUUGUCGUUUCUGGAAGCAGAUGGUCGAACACGAAAAAUGAAAAGUAUACGAGAGGGUGGUGCUGGUGAACAUGCCGAUUAUUGGGUAUUCUUGAAGUCUGGUGAGGAGUUCGUAGCUUAUAAAGUCGACGAUUGGCACAAGUUUCUUCCUGCUAUCACCCAUAAAACGCUGGAUAUUGAUCAGGCAGAGGAAAAGUUCUUAGAAAGAAACAAAGUUAUGAAUCAGUUUGCCCUCAAAGCACAAAUCAUGAGUCAACUAAAAGCAGGUGAGGAAGACGGCGAACAACCAGAGAAACCAACAAGAACAUUAAAAAUCAAAGACGGGUACAGCUCUUCCGACUCAGAUGGCUCAGAGGACGAUAGAAAUGAUGACGAAGGCGCUCAAAAGAAAAAAGAUAGUGUUGCGAAAAAGAAAAAAGCUCAUGAAAAACCCAAGAAAGAUAAACGUCAAAGGGUCGAGAAUGGUGAUGAGAUUGCACCCUAUGAAUCCACUGAUGGUGAAGACGAAGGGAGGGAGUACGACUAUAUGUCUGACAGUGGGUCCGAUUCGGAUCGCGAAGAGGUUCCUGGAGAUGAAAAAAUUGAAAAACAGUUGGUUGGCGUUGGCGAUGAAGAAGGGUUGAAGAAAAUGAUAGACUCGGAAGAGGAAUCAGAUAGCGAUGAGGAAGAUCUUACCAAGAAACUUUUGAAUAAUGAUGGCGAAAGGAAGAAAGAGUUGCUGGAUAUAGAGGAAAGAGACUCUUCCGGGUCCGAUACUGAUGAUCCAGACAAAGAAAAAAUUGAUUCCGUUGUUUUCAUGCCGAAGAAGGAAGUUCCUAACGGAGGUGAACCGAGCAGUAGUGGUUUAUCCAAAAAACGCUCAGCGGAGACAGAUUCGUCCGGAGGAGACGCUGCAAAUGAUGCGAAACGGCCAAAGAUCGAAUCACCUCACGUGCCUGAAGGCUUGAAUGAGGAAACUGUGAGGAAAUACCUACGUCGCAAACCACAUACUACAAAGGAAUUGCUGGCCAAGAUCAAACAAAAGUGUGGUGACAUGACAAAAGCGGAAAUUGUCACGAAAUUGGCUGCUAUACUUAAGGCUAUUGAACCUCAUCAAUUCAAGCAGAAACAAGGCAAAAAAGAUGUGUUGUUCUUUUCACUCACUAACACACUGGCUUGAAUAUAUCUUCGGUCCGUUCGAACUGCUCCACUUUUCGACAGUGCAGCUAAUGGCUCAUAAACCAGCAUCCAUAGUUUUGUGACUAUUGCUUUUUCGCACUUUUCAUGAUUGUGCAGUUUUAAUAGUCCUUACGGCAUUAAAG